GAAGGGGUGCAAAUGUUUGUACACCCCUUCCACCCUCCUGCUAAUCUCUAUCCCUAUUAUCUAUCAGAGUAAAAAAAAAAAAAAGCUUUUAGUCAUUCAAAAUGGUGAUGAACGAUAAGGAUGAGGGUCUGUCAUUUUUCCAAGAAAAGACAAAAUUAAUUCAACCAAAAAACUAUGGAUUAUGCCUGUUGUCGAAAUUACUGGCGAUUUUGGCUCAGUUCAUAGACGUGAAACCAAAAAGAGCUGAUUUGAGCAAAGCCUGGAGAGUAAUUUCUUGUAUAUUCUUGGCGAUUGUUUUCAUUGUUACCCUAUAUUGCACCUUGAUCAGCGCCUGGAUUAUGAUCGAGAACAUUGACAAUUUUGAACGCUUCAUUUACUUUGCAACUAGUUUUGUUGCAUUUUCAGAGUUUAUAAUCAGAAUAGUCUACGUUGAAUUGCGAAAAAGUAAGCUGCGGUCGAUCGGUGCCAGAGUGCAAGUUGUUUUUCGGCAGACCAACAAACACAAAUCAGCUCACUGGCUGUCUGGUGGUAUGGCCGCCAUGAUGCUGCUCCUGGUCACCACAAAUGGAUUAUCUAUAUUUACAAGUUACUUCACUGUUUUCAAACAAGUCACCGACGAAUUAGAAAAAGGCGCAAAUUUUUCAGAAGUGGAUCAAGAACUGAAUUCCAGACCGACUGAAAUAUUUGAAGCCUGGGUUUACACUAGAGCCGUUUACAAAAUUUGGCCCUCCAUCACCGUUGUCAAAAUAUAUGUCGCGUCAAUUUUAACAAUUGGAUUCAUUGCCGCUGCACAAAUGAUUUCCUCUAAUGUGCUUUUUUACUCGUGGUACAAAGUGAUAAUCGACCGCUACCAAUUUCUGGCAAAGGAUUUGCCUUCAGCACUGGAAGAAGAUGAAAAGCUCCGUUCUUGGAUUUCGCACCACCAUUUGCUAAUCAAGCUCCUACAAGAAAUCAAUUCCGUAACGGCACCGGCAAUUACAUGCGCAGUCCUUUUCGCUGGCACCCAAAUUUGCAUCAUAUCUUUAAUGGCAUUCAAACAUCACGAGGAAACGCAUAUUCUGAAUCUUAUCUCGUUUAUGCUGUUCGGAAUGUCAGCACUUCAACAGAUUUUCAUCUACUGCGUUCUUGGUCAGCAAAUCCACACAAGAGUGGUGAAAUUGCACUUGGCAGCUUACAAAGUGCGCUGGCUGGAAAUUGAUUACUCAAAACGGCACGCGGUUCUGAUGAUCUGCAAUUCUGCAAGUGAUAAAAUUGGGUAUAAUCUUCCAGGAGCUCCCUUCUUUCAAAUGUCUCUUAGUUUUUUUGCUUCGAUGGUAGGAGCGGUGUUAACGUAUUUUAUGGUGCUAUUCCAGUUAAAUUGAAAAGGAUAUUUGGAUUGGGAAACAUCAAUCAACGCAUCUUACUCCAAUGAAAAAAUAAAUUUAAAUAGUUUACGAGGUCUCCUUUAAUUAAAAAAAUCAAAGAUUUGAAAGGAGCAGAACUGCCUUUAUUUUUAAUUUUUAAACCCUAUCAAUUAUAUAUGAUCAAUUAACCAAUCUAGAGCCAACGGCAGAUGUCAACCCCUAAAUGAUAAAAAGUUGAUAAUAAAAGAUAAAAUAUCGCUUCAACAAUGUUCGCAUAUUAUAACUUGACAAACUGAUAAAUGGAUGAAACUCAUUCUGGAUAGCAACAAAAGAGUAACCCAGAACCAUGGCACUCGGACAAAUAGAAGAAGAGAGCGCCGAAAUUGUGCAACAAAAGACCACACGUUCUUCUGAGAGGAACUUGGGCCACUUCUUGUUGUACUCUUUUCACAUCUUGUGUGGACAGCACUUAAAGUUACCACCCUUGAUAUACAAAUUCAGCACAACUUGGUCGGUGCUGAUGGCCAUUCAUUCCGUCACCAUCACCCUGGCCACGGUUUACUGCACUCUGAGCGGCGGAAUUGCCCUUUCAAAACAUCUUGACAAUUUCGGUCACUCCGUUUAUAUCGCCACUGGCUUCCUGGGAAUGAUUGAGUGCUUGUUGCGCAUAAUGUACACGACAAUUAGGAAAAGAAAAAUUGAAUCGAUAGCAGCCAAAGUGCACAGAGCUUUGCACGAGCAGGAGCUAAAUGAAAAAAACUCCAAAGAAUUUGCAAAGAGGCUCUCCAGGCUCAUCUCAAUAUUUCUCAUCGCUUUAUUCUCCGCCUUUGCAUUGUCAAUCGCCAGCAGUUACAUGACUGUUUUUGGUCAGAUCACAGAUUUGAUAGACAGGUUUAUGAAAAACGGUACUCACCAGGAGGCGGAAGAUGCUGACAAUUACCUCACCAAAAGCGAAGUGUCGAUUGAAAUUCUAGAAGCCUGGUACUACGUGAAUGGCCUUUUCAAAAUCUGGCCCUACGUCACUUUGGUAAAAGCGUACGCAGCCUUCGUCUACGCCACCUCCUUUUUGGCCCUCGGGAGGGUCGUCGUCUCCGACAUCCUCUUCUACUCUUGGUACAUGACCGUCAACAAUUUGUACCGCGACUUGGUUGAUUCACUACCAAGCGCCUUGGAGUGCACAAACGACAAGAAAAAGUUACACAAGUGGGUGCAGCACCAUCACGCCCUGAAUCAGCUCCUCAAAGAAAUAAAUUCACUGACUUCUUUCGCCAUUGUGGUUGCAGUUAUACUCACUGGUUGCAGAUUUUGCAUAAUGUACUUUGUGUUCUUUAAGUUGGUAGAUGCAACCAGCGUUUUUCUGUUUAUAGUUUAUGGUAUUUCAUCGAUUCAGCAAGUUUUUGUCUACAGCAUUCUUGGCCAAAAUAUUAAAAGCAACGUAACACUUUUGCACUCAAAAGCGUACAAAUCGUCUUGGAUAAAAAAUGACGCGACUAUACAACAUGCAACCUUAAUGAUUUGCACGGCGGCAAGUGACAAAAUUGGGCAAAGCCUCCCUGGUGCACCGUUCUUCUCCAUGUCGCUGGAAUUCAUGGCUUCAAUGUUGAGCGUGGUCUUCACAUACUUUAUAGUUCUUUUCCAAUUUCAAGAAUGAAAAUUUGAAGAAGAAAAACAUCACUCAGAGAAAAAUAUUUUAAACAGCGAAUCUAGUCCUCAAAAAUAUUGAAUUAUGAAAAAUGUUAUAAAGUUUAAGUUUCUUGUAGUAAGAUAGAAUGAAAAGAAAAAACAUUUUAAGUACCAAUAACCAAUAUAUGGCGUUAAUAAAUCUUUUAUUUUUAAUAUUGAAUGCAAAUUGCGCUGGAAUGUGGAUGAAGCAUCUAAAAGCUGGAUAUAAAUUGUUGCAAAUAUCAAUAAAACCAGA